CGGCCGAGCGGCCAACCUGAGUGACAGUACGGGUGCUGAACGGUGCAGUUGGGAGAGGGUUGACGAACGAGGUCGGGAGCGGCAUGACCACGAUUGCGACGCAUAUCAUCGCUAGUUCGGCGACUCAACCGCGGCGGGUCGAAAGGUGUCGUUGAAGUGACGUCGGGAUAAAGUUUUGAUCUUUCGUCGCCCCUUGCAGCAACACAGGGCUCUUGAUUCCUGCCCGUUCUACGAAACCGCACGUCCAUGUCUUAGUAGAAACAGUAUCACUGGAGACACGCCCGUUGUUGCAGCAGGAUGGCUCGCGCCAAAUCGGCCCUCCUACUGGGCGCGGCUGUUGUGGCGCUGCUGUCCUGGGCCUGCGUCCUGGCGGCCGCAACCAACCUCACGACCACGAGCUCGGCCUCCACUGUGGCGAUCACGUCGAGCAGUCCGCAGCAGCCCCGUGACGAGACGACGCUGAGGACGCCUUCGUCUGGAGAGGCACCCGCAGCCCCACCCUCCAGCAAUGACGCCAGUUUCCAACGGAUAGUACUGGACAAAGGGCAGCUCGAGCUCGAGGAGGAGAAGCGCAAGAGGCAGCAGCAGGGGCUGCUCGAGCAGCGGCUGCAGAAGCUGCAGGAGCAGCGCAGGCUGUGCGCGCGGUGCGACUGCUUCGCGCUGCGCAGAGCCGCCCAGAGCGCCAACGCCACGGUGCGAGUGUCCCUCGACGAGAACCUAGAUGACGUCCCGGACACCACCACGAGCCCCAGUUUGACUGUGACCACGACGGGUAGCAAGGCCAAGACUACCCCGCUGGUGCCGCCGGUGAACCAGGUGCUGGUCAUCAACUGCACCUCGCGGCUGCUGGCCGAGGAGCUCCCCCGCUGGUCCUGGCCCGCGCGGCUGUCCGCCGGGGAGGCCGUGGCCGCCGAGACCUGGGCCGAGUUCCGCGGCGGCGACCUGAGCGGCGUGUCCCGCCUCCCGCAGCUGCCCUUUCACCUCACCAGGCUCUCCCUGGCCGACAACCGCCUGCGGAGCGUCGCGCCGCGGGCCUUCGCUAACCUCAAGACCCUGCGCGACCUCGACCUCAGCAACAACGUCAUCGCAGAUGUCCCGCACGACGCGUUCCUCGGCCUGGCCUCGCUGGAACGGCUGAACCUGUCUGGAAACAGCCUGAGCAGCCGCCCGCUGUCCGCGGACCUCUUUAAGGAUCUGGGCAAGCUCAACAAAGUCUCUCUGGCACACAACAAGAUCGCCGGCGAGCUCAACGCUGACACGCUGCCUUGGUCGGGAAGCAUCCUGGAACUGGACCUGUCCUAUAACGGGCUGACGAGCGUGAGCGCGGGCGCAUGGCGCCGCCUGCCGAACAUCAAGGUCCUAGACAUGUCCCACAACAAGCUGAGCUCGCUGACGCCCGACGCGUUCCUGGAGCUGCGCUCUCUGGAGCGCCUGGACCUGUCCUGGAACGCGCUGACCGCCCUGGCGCCCGGGAGCCUCGCGGGGCUGGCGGGGCUGCGCACGCUGGUCCUGGCGCACAACGCGCUGCGGGGCCAGGGCCUGCCCACGGCCUCCUUCACCCAGUUGGCCGCGCUCGACACGCUCGACCUGUCCUCGAACGCGAUCAGCCUGCACGAGAGCGCGGGCGCCCUCUCCGCGCUGCCGGCCGCGCUGCGCUCCCUGGACCUGUCGCACAACCCGCUGGGCCGCGCCGAGGGCGGGCUGGAGGGCCAGACCGAGGCGGCCGCCACGCUGCCCGCGACCCUGGAAUCUCUGUCGCUGGCGCACUGCAACCUGCACGGCCUGGACGUGCGCUCGUGGGGCGGGCUGGCCGCGCUGCGCCGCCUGCAGCUCGCCGGCAACGACAUCUCCGUGCUGAGCAGCCUGGCGCACCUGGACGCGCUGGCCGAGCUCAACGUGUCGAGUAACGCGCUGACGCGCUUCCCGACCGUGGCGCUGCCCGCGCUGCGCUCCCUGGACGUGACCCACAACCACCUCGAGCGCGCGCCCACGCCGUUCUCGCCGCUGCUGGCCGUCAUGCGGCUCGACGACAACCCCCUGGAGGAGCUGCGGAUCGCCGCGUCCCCGGCGCUCGCGCUGCUCUCCGUGCGCGGCAUGCCGCAGCUUCGCUCGCUGCCCCGCGGCGCCGUGCACCUGCACGCGGCCGAGGCGCCCGCCAACGCCACGGCGCCGUGCCUCGCCCUGCUGCUCAGCCACAACCCCAUGCUCGGCGAGGUGCACGAGGACGCCCUCCGCAACAUCACCUUCUGCCAGCUCGACAUGAGCCACAACGCGCUGGAGUGGCUGGACCCCAGGGCGACCGACUGGAGCGCCGUGCCGUCGCUGGACCUGCAGGGCAACCCCUGGAAGUGCUCGUGCCGGCUGCAGUGGCUGCUGGAGGGACCGAUGCAGCACAUCUACCGCUCCAGCCCCGCGCUGCUCGAGGACCUGAGGUGCUCCAGCCCCGAGACCGUCUCCGGGCGCCGGCUCGUCCACUGGUUCAACCACACGGGGCGCGCGCUGUGCGACGGCGAGCUCAUGGACCUGCAGUCGGCGGGCACCGUCACCUUCAAGAUGUCCCCGGCCUCGCUGGUCGUCAUGGGCUGCCUGGGCGUGGCGGCCGUCGGCCUCGUCCUGCUCGGCAUCCUCGCCCACCGGAGGUACGUGGCGAGGCGGCGCGUCCGGAACAGGCGCUUCUGAGCCGCCUCAUCCGGUGCCUGCAGUUACGCCCUAUACGUACGGAGCCACCGCCCGGACGGUGGCGCCCUCGGGCCGCGCGGUGGCGGCGCCCGGCGGCACCUCGCCAAUCUCGGACACGCCCUGUCGUGAUAAAACGCUGUGCUCGCCGUGCGGAGCCACACCCGUCGGCGAGGAUGGGGACGGACCCGAACACGCGAACCGAGGGGGGCAAUGCCAAUUAUUGUGGAUUAACUCUAGUCUUCUUUGCUCGUCUAGCAGAAUGUGUGUGUGAGUGUGUGUGUGUGUGUGUGUGUGUGUUUGUAUGUGUGUGACGUGCGUGUUUGUAAGUUCUUGAGUGUUAGAAUGAAUAGCAAAAACACUUCUCCUUUAAGUGGUUAAAACUGAUUAUCGGACGACUGUGAUUGUAUUUCUUUGAAAUAAAAACAAAAUGUAAUUCUAAA